UAGCUGGGAUUACAGGUGUGCACCACCAUGCCCAGCUAAUUUUUGUAUUUUUAGUAGAGACGAGGUUUUGCCAUGUUGGCCAGCCUGGUCUUGAACCUCUGACUUCCAUGAUCCACCUGCCUCUGCCUCCCAAAGUGCUGGGAGGAUUACAGGCAUGAACCACUACGCCUGGCCUGGUAUGUGGUUUAAAAUGUUAGGUUUUAUCAUUAUCUUAGGUGGAGAAUAACAAAUCUGAUUCAAUAUAUUCAUUUUAGAAACGAGGAAACUGAAGCUUAGAUAGUUUGUGUGACUUGCAAAAAGUCACGCAGCAAACAAGCUGCAGAAUGAAGGGUGGAGAUGGAGAGAUAGAAUUCUCAUCUUAGAGGUGAAAGUAGGAUAAUGACCCAGCUGAGCUUGCUGAGUCCUGCGAGCAUCGCACGCCCCCAGAGACAACAUAAGGAGAGAAGUGCAGACAGACUCCUUUGAAGGAGCUUAGAGAAAGAGAUGGUAGGGAAAAGAGCAUGAACAGUUGUAGAGGUAGGAGGAAAGCUGGCUAUUUGGGGAAGCAAAGAAAAGAUUCUCAGAGUAAAACGUAUUGGUGAAGCCAUGGAAACAAGGACUGAGAAAGUCUCUUGGAUCUUGGCCACAUAAAGGUUAUAGAUGAGCUUAGAGAAAUGAAUUUCAGUAGAGUUAGGGCUAGAAGCCAGGUUCAGAGAGAGAAAGAACGAGAGAGCAUUCCUGGUGGUGGAGAUGGCUGCAGGCCAUUAUUUAAAAAGCUAGGAUAAGAAAAUAGAGAAGAAAGGGAAGGAAGCUAUUUGAAGGGAGUGGGAGAAAAGCCAGAUCUCAGUUGGGACGUAGAGGAAGGACCACCAGAGGCAGUAAUUUAGCCGGAAGGAGGUGUACUUCUUUCCUUCAGUUUAUAGGGGGUAAAGAGGAUGGGGCUGAGAUACUAAAGACUACGAGGACAACUGUUCAUUGAGGGCUGGUCAUCUCCCCAGCUGCACUGUGGGGUUCCCAAGUCAGACAUCCCAGAGGCAAUGUAGCAGCGUGGACAAGAGCUUACUCAUUGGAGUCAGACUGCCUAGGUUCAACGAUGGGUUAGUUAGCCCUUCAGUGCCUCCAUUUUCCUAUCUAGAAAAUGUGGAUAACAAUGGUUGUUGUGAAGAUUAACAGCCAUAAUCCACGUAAAGCCCUCAGUACAGUGUAUGACACACAGCAAGUGUCCACCAAAGGGUAGUUAUUAACCGUAAUCCUGGUUCUCUUGUGAGCUGCCUCCUGUGUGUCUAGCAUUGGCCAGCACACAUGAGGGGGUCCAGUGUUUGCUGCUUAACUAAGUAGCUUCUCAGGAAGUGUGGUCAUAAAAAAUGAUAGGUGAUUUAGAGGGUGAGACAGACACAAGGGAUGUGUUGCACAGUAAAUGCUCCCAGACAUGCAAUAAAUGCUUAUAAGCAUGCCCUCUGUAAUCAGCACUCUCUAGAGAGUUUCCCUGCCUCAUUGCUCUUGGUCUUUGGCAAUGGCUACACCCACUGCCCAAGCAAGCAGUAUCAGCUGUCAGCUGUCCCCUUGUCUUUUGGAUCAGAUUCCUUUACAGGGAUCUUCCCAUUGUUAUAAGCUUCAAGAAUUGGAGAAUGCUUAAUGAACACUUCCAAAUUCUUCAUAGCUAUGAGGGGCCAGUGCAAAGGGCGGAAGGAGUUCUUCUGUGCCACAGAAAUUAGAGCUGGAGCAGAUCCAGCUUGCUAUCCCCCCUUCCCCCAGCUUGUGGGUUAUUGCAGAAUUGUUCACAAAAAUUCCCAUUGCCUUGGAAUUUGUCCAAGCCAAGGGCAGGGAUCACAACACAACCUCUCAAGGGAAAAAAGGAAGGCCUGUUGCUUGAGAUGGCUCAGAGCACUUUUGGUAUCCAGCCAAGGCAGCUAUCACUCAUGAAAUCUGCCUUCCCCUCCAGCAAAAAGCCAACUGUAUAGAACACCACAUAUAGAGCGCUAAGAAUAGCACAGCGCUCCAAGAACAUAGUGCACUUGGCCUGCAUACAAGUGUGCAGGGCUUAACGAGUCUUUUUACUCUGAAAGCUGGGUGGGUUGGAACAAACAAACAGAAAAAUAUUUUCCCCAAGUAGCAUACAGAGAGGAAAUGAGAGCGAGCACAAGAGAGCACCCUGGCAUAGCAUUCUCUGACCUGGGCUGCCUUUUCAGGGUAUGAGUUGAUUCCACAGGCACCAAGGCAUGCCUGUAAGCCCUACAGUGCAGACACCCUCACCCCAAUCAUUGGCUUAACAUUCACACCAGGCUGAGUAAGCCCCAAAAGUCCUGUCAUUGGCUGUGACAGGAAUUGAAACCCAUCUUCUCCACAAUAAAUAUUUGAUUGACAGAUUGGCUUCCUUCCUAUAAGUAUAGAAAGCGAGGGCAGGUUCCAUCCAAAGCCGCAGUUCUGGGUGAUGAGAGCUCUCAGAGGCCAGAAAAGACCCUGAACCACAUCCCACUGUUUGUUGGAAGAAGAAACUCAUUUGUGGGUCUGUUCAUAAGAGUCUGGGAAGAUAGUCUCCUUAACAGUGUCUGGAUGUAACAGACUAUGGGAGGCUUUUACUUUAUAACUUUCUAUAUUGUCUGAAAUACAGAAUAUUAAAUAUUGAGUUAAUAUUAUAUUUACUCAAUGUUACUUUUUUUUUUGAGACAGGGUCUUGCUCUAUUGCCCAGGCUGGAGUGCAGUGUUGUGGCUCACUGCAGCCUUGAACUUCCAGGCUGAAGCAAUCCUCCCGCCUCAGCAUCCCGAGUAGCUGGGACUAUAGGCGCAGGCCACCAUGCGCAACUAUUUAUUUUCUUUUUGUAGAAAUGGGCUCUGCCUGUGUUGUCCAAGCUAGUCUCAAGCUCCUGGCCUCAAGCAAUCCUCCCGCCUUGGCCUCUCAAAGUGCUGGGAUUACAAGCAUAAGCCAAUGUGCCUGGCCUCAAUGUUACUUUUAUGAUCAGAAAAACGGCCAUCUUAUUUGGAAAUUAUUUUCCUAUUCUCAAGUGGGCAAAUAGGAGAAGGUUUCAGGCAUUUGUUUUGUCUCUGGGAGGGAAGGCACAAUGAGGUGGAGUGGACAAAUUGCUGAGGCCUUUAUGGACAAAGAUUCUAAGAAGAACAGGCUUUGGCCAUCUCUGGAUAUUCCCAUUCUGCUCCCUGCCACCAGAGAGCAAAUGUUGUAGGUCACCACACAUCACCAGUCUCUUGCCUAGCUAACCGUAACUCAUUCUUUAGUUCUCCUUGAAGGUGUCACUUCUUCCAGGAAGCCAUUUCUGUCCCUCCCGAGAUGGAGUCCCAUGUCCCUACCAUUUGCUUCCAGGGCACCUUCUCACAGCACUGCACCAUGGUUAUCUGCUUAUCUGCUGGACACCCCUACUCGACUGAGGUCCUUGAAGGAAGAGAGAGUGUAUCACUCAUCUGCAUAGCCUUUGUAACUUAGUAAAAGUGCCUGACAUGCUCACUAAACAUUUACUGAGUAAUUAUUUAUUUGGGGGCCUUUUACGAUCAGAACAAUGUGAAGGACACAAAGAUGAAAAAGAAACCAUCUGCUUCAAGGUACUUACAACUGAAAUGUAUCAAACAAUUACCCAGAAAGUCAAGCACCAACUUAAGUGCUAAAAUAGGGGUCCAAGCAACCAACUUCAAAGAUUAGGAAGGUUUUAGAUUCUGAAUGUUUCUCAUUCAUUGUGUUUUUGAGUUCAGAAUCCCCAUAUUGGAAGGCUAAUAUGGGGUAUGUGCAUACAAUUUUAAGGAUUCACGUUCUUACAACCUAUAUUAGAAUCUGACGCAUGAUCUUUCUUCUGUCCUUCUUGCAGUUGCCCUAGGAAUACAUGCCACUUACUCUUAAUUGACGUUUAUGAAAUACCUUGGCUUCAUUUGCUGAAAGGCUCUAAGUGUUGAGCAUUGUUACUAUGUUACAAUGGUUGUUUUAUUAUUAAAGCAGUGCCAAGGAGGUUACACAACAGCUUGGAUCAGGAAGUGAAACAAGGGCGGUGAUCCCACUGAAGCUACAGGGGAUGGGGAUUUGGGACGGUAAAAUGUUAAUUACCCAAGAUGGAAUGUGGGCUAGAGUCCAGCGUUGUGCUCCUGGAGAUCAUUUCGGUCGCAAAAGCUCACUGGCAAUGGGUCCUAAGCAUCCUGCCCUCCUCUGGCUGAAAUGUUGGAUUAACUUCGAUGAAUGCUGCUAUAGGGAAAGAACCCAGUGGCCACCAGCCAGGAGCACACGUCUUGCUCAGCAUCAACUAUCCUGGAAGAUUUCCAGGAGCUGAAGGGCUGUUCUCUUUGCAUGCAAUAAAUUAUUCAUUUCUAAGACGAUUUAUUCUGUCUCUCUCUUUAGACUUGAUUUCUCCUAGUUUUCCAGCUCUUGAAGACUCUCUCCAAAGAAUGAGUUGUAGAUGGUUGGUCAGGGGUUGCGAGUGGUGCCUAGGCUUCACAUAAAAGGAGGCAGAAAUGUCUACCUUAACUUAAAGGGGAGAGGAAUGGGUCCUGGGGAGGAAGAUGUGGUGGAGGCAAUGACAACCUCUCCAUAGUAAGUCCCCAACAAAGUCACUUCCAGAAACUGACUGAAGACUUUGAGUUCCAAAUGAAACGUUUUUAAGAUGCUAGGUUGGCUGACAAGUACAUCGUCUAAGGUGGAGGCACUAAAGCAUAAUAAAAAGAGUGAAGUCUCUGCAGUUUGACCCAGGACCAGAUGCCAGGCCCACCAACGACUCUGUAUCUGGAUGACCUUGGGCAAGUUUUCUAAGCUCUCGCCAGCCUUAAUUUCCCAUCUAUAAAAACUGGAUACUGCAUUACUCCCAGGUUUAACCAGAUAAUGUUUGUGAAGAAAGCAGCCCAAUACUUGGCACAAAAUAGAUAAGGGAGUCACUAUUAUCAUCAACUACUGGCCAAACAACCAGAGUUGAUCCCAAAUCCCCAGUAAACAAUUAACCGUAGCAGAGCGAAUCCGGAUCUGAUGCACCUAUUUGCCCAAUAAGGUGCCAGGAAAUAACACAGUGGAGUCAAACCAAUGGUAUUAGCCCUUGUUGUUGGACGGGCUUUCUUGCUGUUCCACCAAUAGCUUGAAGAUUUGACUGGGGAGUGACAUACUGACAGUCCAAUGACGCACAACCAGCCCACACUCAGCACUUCGGAGGGGAUAAAUCAAGGAGCCGGCACGUAUGGAUUCCGUUAUAGGGCAGUACUGGUUGGAGAGAGGAGCUUAGGGAAACAGCGCCGAGGCAAGGCACUAAUGAGCUAAAAAUAAAGAAAAAAGACGAUGGUUGCGCCAAGCGACCUCGGCCGCCAUCAUGCUCUAAUUUCCCCUGAGUCUCUCUGGGUCCUCGACCGAGGAAGCGGCCUCUGGGAUGCUGAGGGGGUGUGUCCCCACAUGAUUGGCUCAGGCAGCUCAGCCAAUCCUAGCUCGUUAAACGGGAAGCACUUAACCAAUGAGGGGCGAAGGCAGCAACGAGGAAUUGGAGGGGCGGAACGACAGCUUGACGGGCACAAAAGCCAGCCAGUGAGAGCCGGAAGCAUCCUCCCUGCGGCCAAUGGAGUGGGGCUCUGGGCGGGCCCCCGAGUGUUUGUGUUGUGGUUUUGGGGGAGGGAUGCGGAGGGGAAAGUUUGUUUAUUUUGUUUUUAGUUUUUGGGGUCCCCGUGCUGCUGCAAGGCGAAACGGGAGGGAGUGACCCCUGCGCCCCUCAGUCCCCCCUACGACGUCGCCUCCAUAGUCUGCGGAGAAGCGGGGACUGCGCGCCUCGCCUCACAGCGAAACGCCGCGCACUCGGAGCCGGCACGGCUCGGCGGUGAGUGAGGGUUGUGGUUUUUUGCACUGAAUGUAACCUAGACUCAUCUUCACGGGCUUGUGUUGCCCCAGGUACUGUCAAAGGCAGUAUUUUUGUGUUUCUGCAGAGUUUUGCACAAAAUCUGUUCCCAUGCAAACCAAUGAGGGAGAAGUAUCGGAAGAAAGCAGUUCCAAGGUGGAACAGGAGGAUUUUGUAAUGGAAGGGCAUGGCAAGACUCCACCUCCUGGUGAAGAAAGCAAACAAGAGAAGGAGCAAGAAAGGGAAGAACAGUUAAUGGAAGACAAGAAAAGGAAGAAAGAGGAUAAAAAGAAAAAAGAAGCCACUCAGAAGGUCACGGAACAAAAAACCAAAGUGCCCGAAGUGACGAAACCAAGUUUAAGCCAACCAACGGCCGCCAGCCCAAUUGGCAGCUCUCCAUCGCCACCAGUCAAUGGUGGCAACAAUGCCAAAAGGGUGGCAGUGCCGAACGGACAACCGCCAAGCGCCGCCCGCUACAUGCCUCGGGAGGUGCCGCCGCGAUUCCGUUGCCAGCAGGACCACAAAGUGUUACUAAAACGUGGGCAGCCCCCUCCACCGUCCUGCAUGCUCCUUGGGGGCGGGGCAGGGCCUCCUCCCUGCACAGCACCUGGAGCAAACCCAAACAACGCACAAGUGACAGGAGCGCUGCUGCAGAGUGAGAGUGGGACUGCGCCAGACUCAACCCUUGGAGGUGCUGCUGCUUCAAAUUAUGCAAAUUCCACUUGGGGCUCGGGAGCCUCCUCCAACAACGGCACCUCCCCCAACCCAAUUCACAUCUGGGACAAGGUGAUUGUAGACGGGUCUGACAUGGAAGAGUGGCCUUGUAUUGCCAGCAAAGACACUGAAUCUUCUUCCGAAAACACCACCGAUAACAACAGUGCCUCGAACCCUGGCUCUGAGAAGAGCACUCUGCCAGGAAGCACCACUAGUAACAAAGGAAAAGGGAGCCAGUGCCAGUCUGCAAGUUCUGGGAAUGAAUGUAAUCUUGGGGUCUGGAAAUCUGACCCUAAGGCUAAAUCUGUUCAAUCUUCCAACUCUACUACAGAGAACAACAAUGGACUAGGAAAUUGGAGGAAUGUGAGUGGUCAGGAUAGAAUUGGACCUGGCUCUGGCUUCAGCAACUUUAACCCAAAUAGCAACCCAUCUGCCUGGCCAGCACUGGUCCAAGAAGGAACUUCUAGGAAAGGGGCAUUGGAAACAGAUAAUAGUAAUUCCAGUGCACAGGUUAGCACAGUAGGUCAGACAUCCAGGGAACAGCAGUCAAAGAUGGAAAAUGCGGGUGUUAAUUUUGUUGUCUCUGGCAGAGAACAGGCUCAAAUUCAUAACACUGAUGGACCAAAAAAUGGAAACACUAACUCCUUGAACUUAAGUUCACCAAACCCCAUGGAGAAUAAGGGAAUGCCCUUUGGAAUGGGCUUGGGGAACACCUCCAGGAGCACUGAUGCCCCUUCACAAAGCACUGGAGAUCGAAAGACUGGGAGUGUUGGAUCUUGGGGUGCAGCUAGGGGGCCUUCUGGAACUGACACAGUCUCUGGACAAAGCAAUUCUGGAAACAAUGGGAACAAUGGAAAAGAGAGAGAGGACUCCUGGAAAGGAGCUUCUGUUCAGAAAUCAACUGGGUCAAAAAAUGACUCUUGGGACAACAAUAACAGGUCUACGGGUGGGUCCUGGAACUUUGGCCCCCAGGACUCUAAUGACAACAAAUGGGGUGAAGGGAACAAAAUGACAUCUGGGGUCUCUCAGGGAGAAUGGAAACAGCCGACUGGGUCUGAUGAGUUGAAAAUUGGAGAAUGGAGUGGUCCAAACCAACCAAAUUCUAGCACUGGAGCAUGGGACAAUCAAAAGGGCCACCCCCUCCCUGAAAACCAAGGCAAUGCCCAGGCUCCCUGUUGGGGAAGAUCUUCCAGCUCCACAGGAAGUGAAGUUGGAGGUCAAAGCACUGGAAGCAACCACAAAGCAGGAAGUAGUGACAGUCAUAACUCUGGCCGUCGGUCGUACAGGCCCACACAUCCUGAUUGUCAGGCUGUCUUGCAGACUCUUUUGAGCCGAACUGAUUUGGACCCCAGGGUGCUCUCAAACACUGGCUGGGGCCAAACUCAAAUUAAGCAGGACACAGUGUGGGACAUUGAAGAGGUGCCAAGGCCUGAGGGGAAAUCUGACAAAGGAACUGAGGGGUGGGAGAGCGCUGCCACACAGACCAAGAACUCAGGGGGCUGGGGAGAUGCACCCAGCCAAAGCAAUCAAAUGAAGUCUGGAUGGGGGGAGCUCUCAGCCUCUACAGAGUGGAAAGACCCCAAGAACACAGGAGGCUGGAAUGACUACAAGAACAACAACUCUUCCAACUGGGGAGGAGGACGACCUGAUGAAAAGACACCUUCCUCUUGGAAUGAGAAUCCCAGCAAGGAUCAGGGGUGGGGAGGUGGACGCCAGCCCAAUCAAGGAUGGUCUUCUGGAAAGAAUGGUUGGGGGGAGGAAGUCGAUCAGACAAAAAACAGCAAUUGGGAAAGUUCUGCAAGUAAACCUGUGUCUGGGUGGGGUGAAGGAGGGCAGAAUGAAAUCGGGACUUGGGGUAAUGGUGGCAAUGCAAGCCUAGCUUCAAAAGGUGGGUGGGAGGAUUGCAAAAGAUCCCCAGCAUGGAAUGAGACGGGCCGACAGCCCAAUUCCUGGAAUAAACAACACCAACAGCAGCAGCCCCCACAGCAGCCGCCGCCACCGCAACCAGAGGCUUCUGGUUCGUGGGGAGGCCCACCCCCACCACCUCCAGGCAACGUUCGACCUUCCAAUUCCAGCUGGAGCAGCGGGCCACAGCCUGCAACACCUAAGGAUGAGGAACCCAGUGGUUGGGAAGAGCCAUCCCCACAGUCAAUUAGUCGGAAAAUGGACAUUGAUGAUGGCACUUCAGCAUGGGGAGACCCUAACAGUUAUAACUACAAGAAUGUGAAUCUGUGGGAUAAGAAUUCCCAAGGGGGCCCAGCACCUCGAGAACCAAACCUGCCCACCCCAAUGACCAGUAAAUCGGCAUCAGUCUGGAGCAAAAGCACACCACCUGCUCCAGAUAAUGGUACUUCCGCUUGGGGUGAGCCAAAUGAAAGCAGUCCUGGGUGGGGCGAGAUGGAUGAUACAGGAGCAUCGACCACAGGCUGGGGGAACACGCCCGCCAACGCUCCCAAUGCCAUGAAGCCUAAUUCCAAAUCUAUGCAAGACGGCUGGGGGGAGAGUGACGGGCCAGUCACAGGAACUCGCCAUCCCAGCUGGGAAGAGGAGGAGGAUGGAGGAGUCUGGAACACCACUGGCUCUCAGGGCAGUGCUUCCUCCCACAACUCAGCAAGCUGGGGACAAGGAGGAAAGAAACAAAUGAAGUGCUCACUCAAAGGAGGAAACAAUGAUUCAUGGAUGAAUCCUCUUGCCAAACAGUUUUCAAAUAUGGGAUUGCUGAGUCAGACUGAAGAUAAUCCAAGCAGCAAAAUGGAUUUGUCUGUAGGAAGCCUUUCAGAUAAAAAAUUUGAUGUGGACAAGCGAGCGAUGAAUCUCGGGGAUUUUAAUGAUAUCAUGAGGAAGGAUCGAUCUGGGUUCCGUCCACCUAAUUCCAAAGACAUGGGAACCACAGAUAGUGGGCCUUAUUUUGAGAAGCUGACUUUGCCUUUCUCCAAUCAAGAUGGGUGCCUUGGGGAUGAGGCUCCCUGCUCUCCCUUCUCCCCUUCUCCCAGCUACAAGCUGUCUCCCUCUGGUUCCACACUACCCAACGUCAGCCUUGGAGCAAUCGGCACAGGGCUCAACCCCCAAAACUUCGCUGCUAGACAAGGCGGUAGUCAUGGUUUGUUUGGAAACAGCACAGCACAAUCGAGAGGUCUGCACACACCAGUGCAGCCACUAAAUUCUUCUCCCAGUCUCCGGGCGCAAGUGCCUCCCCAGUUUAUUUCCCCCCAGGUUUCUGCCUCAAUGCUCAAGCAGUUUCCCAACAGUGGCCUGAGUCCAGGUCUUUUCAAUGUGGGGCCCCAGUUAUCUCCUCAACAAAUUGCCAUGCUGAGCCAGCUUCCACAAAUUCCCCAGUUUCAGUUGGCAUGUCAGCUUCUCUUGCAGCAGCAGCAACAGCAGCAGUUGUUACAGAACCAGAGAAAGAUUUCGCAAGCUGUACGCCAACAGCAAGAGCAGCAGCUGGCUCGAAUGGUGAGUGCACUGCAGCAGCAGCAGCAGCAGCAGCAGAGGCAGCCAGGCAUGAAGCACUCGCCCUCUCAUCCUGUUGGGCCCAAGCCGCAUCUGGACAACAUGGUACCCAACGCGUUGAAUGUGGGGCUCCCAGACCUUCAAACCAAAGGGCCAAUACCUGGAUAUAGUUCUGGUUUCAGCUCUGGCGGCAUGGACUAUGGCAUGGUUGGUGGGAAGGAGGCUGGAACCGAGUCUCGCUUUAAACAGUGGACCUCCAUGAUGGAGGGGCUGCCCUCUGUAGCCACACAGGAAGCCAAUAUGCACAAAAAUGGCGCUAUAGUGGCCCCUGGUAAGACCCGGGGAGGGUCACCAUACAACCAGUUUGAUAUCAUCCCUGGUGACACACUGGGUGGCCAUACGGGUCCUGCUGGUGAUAGCUGGUUACCUGCCAAAUCUCCACCAACAAAUAAAAUCGGAAGUAAAUCCAGCAAUGCCAGUUGGCCUCCAGAAUUCCAACCAGGAGUGCCAUGGAAAGGUAUCCAAAACAUUGACCCUGAAUCUGACCCCUAUGUCACCCCAGGAAGUGUGCUGGGGGGUACAGCCACAUCUCCCAUUGUAGAUACUGACCACCAACUGCUGCGGGAUAACACCACAGGGUCUAAUUCUUCCCUCAACACCUCGCUGCCUUCACCUGGUGCCUGGCCCUACAGUGCCUCUGACAACUCCUUUACCAACGUUCAUAGCACUUCAGCAAAGUUCCCUGAUUACAAAUCAACAUGGUCCCCAGAUCCCAUAGGACACAACCCCACUCAUCUCUCCAACAAGAUGUGGAAAAACCAUAUUUCCUCCAGGAACACUACACCGCUGCCCCGCCCACCUCCUGGUCUGACCAACCCCAAACCAUCAUCUCCCUGGAGCAGCACAGCACCCCGAUCAGUCAGGGGGUGGGGGACACAGGACUCACGGCUCGCCUCGGCCUCUACCUGGAGUGAUGGUGGCUCAGUUCGUCCUAGUUACUGGCUGGUUCUUCACAAUCUCACCCCACAGAUUGAUGGGUCAACCUUGAGAACGAUCUGCAUGCAGCAUGGCCCACUGCUGACAUUCCAUCUGAAUCUAACCCAGGGCACUGCCCUGAUCCGAUACAGCACCAAACAGGAGGCGGCCAAGGCCCAAACUGCACUGCACAUGUGUGUGUUGGGAAACACUACCAUCCUUGCUGAGUUUGCCACUGAUGAUGAAGUCAGCCGCUUUCUGGCACAAGCUCAGCCCCCUACACCUGCAGCAACCCCAAGUGCACCAGCUGCGGGGUGGCAGUCGCUGGAGACCGGCCAGAACCAGUCAGAUCCCGUGGGACCUGCUCUGAAUCUUUUUGGUGGGUCCACUGGGCUCGGGCAGUGGAGCAGCAGCGCUGGUGGCAGCAGCGGGGCCGAUCUUGCUGGCGCUUCGUUGUGGGGGCCCCCAAACUAUUCUUCUAGCUUAUGGGGAGUCCCAACGGUGGAAGAUCCCCAUAGGAUGGGCAGCCCUGCUCCUUUACUACCUGGUGACCUUCUGGGAGGAGGGUCGGAUUCAAUCUGAACUUAGAACUUUCAACUCUGACCUCGUGACCUUUUUUGGAACAGCAGCAGCACUAACUUGACCUUUUCGUUUUUUUUUUCAACUUGCAAUAAAUACAUUUUUAAAAGGAAAAAAGAAAACGGAGAGAAAAAAAGGUGGGUCAUUGACAGACUGUCUGAGCACAUAGUUGCCUCCCUUAUAACUUCAGUUUUUUCGUUUGGAAUAUGAAUCCAAAAAGAGAACAUAUCACUCUUGAAAUACUUGAAUCAUGAACGCCAACCUAGAAAGACAAUGUGAAGCAAGUACACAUACCAUUUAAAUUUAAACACAAAAAAAUUAAAAAAAUUAGUUUCUAGUUUUUCACUUUUUUCAUGUUAUAUGGAAGUUGUUGCUAAGAAACAUAUAUACUGAAAAAAAAUAGCUUUUUAACUUUGUUUGCACUGGGUGUGUUUCCGUCCUUAGGUCUACCAUGUUUGGGAGGGAGGGAAAUUCAAAAGAAUUGUUGGGGGAGGGGGGAGGGAAGACUUGACGGAGCCUCACUUUAAAAACAAAAACACAAAAAACCUAAAAAAAAAAAAAGGAAAAAAUUUGUGAUUGGCUGGUUGAUAAAUACCAGUGUGUUCUGGCACAUGUAACUGCCCAGGCAUGCUCGUUCUGGUGUGUGUGUGCACGUGUGUUCAUGUGCAUUCGCGUGCAUCCUUCUCUGUCUCUGUGUGUGUGCCUGUGUUCUUCCCUUCUCCCCUGCCCCACCCUGACUUCUCAGAAAGCUGCAUCGCUGACAGUCUGCAGGCUGGCUGGCCGGCCCAUCUGCUUUUUAUUUUAUUUUUUUAACUAUGAGAACACACAGGCCCGGAGAGCCACUGCUACUAAAGCAACUCCAUUGGGCUGCAUUAAGAUGAACAGAGUGCUUUCUAAUGAUGAAAGCAGGGAGCUCCUUUCCAUUUGCAACUUAGCCUGAAUGUGGGGUUUCUCUGGCUGUUCUUUUGACCUAGCAGUAGAGUGGAGCACUGCCAAGUCCAAAAAAUUAGAGCAGGAGGUACCUCUUGGAGCAACGGUGUGUUUAUUUCUGUUUUUUUUUUUUUUUUAAAGUGAAUGGCCACCAGGCACAUCUGAGUAUCUGUUAAGUUUCAUGCAGGCCUUUUCGUUAGUUUGAAAUGGGAACGGAAGAUAGCUUUUGAUGAUGCGAUGUCUCAAAAACAGAGAAACUUUGUUCCCUCUUUCCUUAUGAUCAGGUUUGAGAAAUUCUUCAAAAAAUUAGGUGAAGUUGAAUUACAUAUUUCUGUUGGUUGGUUCUCUUUUUCAUUUUAUGAAAACAGAAAAGAAUAAGUGGUGAGCAGCCUCCUGAAAGCAUCUGCAGCUACUCCCUCUGCUCCUUUCUCGCCGAGCGUUACCUGUGCCAGGCCGCGGCGCGUUACAGCACCAGGCCAUCACUGACAGAAACGUUUACUUAACGAAUGUUCUUAAACCAGUGUGUACUUCAAGCGUUUCCUUUCGUUUCUCUGUGUUGUGUAUUUCCUGUGUAUGUGGUUUUGCUUAGGCAGGUAUAACUUAGCGAAGACUUUUAAGUAUUGCACCUUUUUUUGGUUUUCGACCUCUUCCCCCCACCUUGUAAUUUUGCUUUUUUUAUUUCGGUAUUUAAAUACUUUUUUUUUUUUUUUUAAGCAUCAAUGUAGUAGUACUCUGGGCCGAACAGGGGUCAACGUUUAAUCUACAGUUAUCACCAACAUGUAUGUACUUAUGUUGGAAUCAAAAUGUAUCAAACUGCUUAUUGUGAAGAGAAUUAUAGCAGACCUGAAGGGGGCGAAAAACCAGAUAGGGUCGGGGGAUGGAUGCCGGUGACGUGCUAGCACUUGUGUGGACAUCCCAGUCUGCAUUAUACUGUUUAACAUAAAGUGCCGACAUUUUGUACCAGCAAAUACCUGCCCAUUCCAACCCUUGGUGGGAGCAGACCUCUACUGUCCUCUGUAACUUGCUGCUAUUGAGGACAAGGGAGUUUUUCUUUCUUUAGCGUCUUCAGUGAAGGAUACAAUACAACAAUGCCUAAUGUAUUUGACUUUUAGCUUGUGUCUGUGUGUAGGUGGGUGGGUGGGUGUGUAUAGGAAAAGCCUAAAACAAGUUAUUUGCAUUUCAGUGGUUUUGUGAGACAAAGAAUGGGAAAUUCUGUAGCCCUUCUGGCUUACCCUGUUAAUUAUAAACCUAGCCUCAAAAGAGAUUGACAGGCAUGACUCAAGUGAGUGUUCACGUAUACAAGCCUGCAUGAGCCAUCUGUGGGUAGGUGGUCACACUUGGCAUCUGCAGCAUUGACGUGGCCCCGCUGGGUGCCUUGAGCAUGCCCUCUUCCUGCUCUCCAAUUUGAGUCACCACCGUGCCCCUUCCACCGCUGUUCCCCAUGCAAAAGCUCUGCUUCCAGCAGCCCCCACUGACCGCUCUCUGUGUGGAGCAAAGUGCUGUCGUGCGGUGACCACCAGGUGAAGAGCAGCUUGUAUUCAGACAUGUAGAGAAGGCUAAAUCUUAGUGUCCCUGGGCCAGGAGCAUAUCCCAAGGCUCCUGCGAGCCAGUGGCGACCCUGUCCACUGCCGCUCUUGGUUCACUGCUGUGUCCUGCCCCACCCUCCUCUCCUCCUGCCUGUUGGUUCCUUGACCUGCACUAUGGGUUAGUUGAGUUCCUUACGAUACUACGGUGAAAGCCGGGUGCUAGAGCCCCUCUCGUUUACAAGACAUAAUGAGGGAUUUGAAAUAUGUAAAAAUAAACAUGAGAAGCUAAAAUGUUCUUCCAUCAUAAGCUUAAAGGGAAAAAAACUUAAAAACUUUAAAAAAAAAAGACCAAAAAGUGCGUAUAUAUAUACAUAUAAAUAUAUAUUUUAGAUGAAGACUAACUCUGGGAGCAUUUAACAGUGUUUUUUGUUUCUGUUUUUAACAUUUGUUUUCCUGCUUUAAAAUUUGCAAGCAUUCUCAGGAAUUCUAGGGUAGGAAGCCAGUUUUUUGAAGAUGGUUUAUUUAACCAUAUCUUAUCCUAGAGAGAUGGCUGUUUCUUUCCUGUUAAUAAACUUUUACAAGUUCCUGAAACUUCAGAAAGUUUAAACAAUUUUUACUUAAAAAAAAUGUAAAAAGAAAAGUCUCCAAACAUUAUUGUCAUACUGGGGAUCACACAUUUUAAAACACAUAGAAAUAUUUUUUAAAAAUUAUCAAUUUAGCAGCAACAGGUAAAUUCAUUAUCUUAAAAAUAUGGGGAGAAGGAUUAAGCUUUGUAAGAGCUCGAUCAUGGAUUCUUUUGAAAUUGUGUGUAGUUUAAUGGGAGAGUGUUUGGUGUAUAUAGAUGAGAAUGCCAUCACUUUGUUCCUUUCCAUUUGAGACUGAACUGAAAUCUCCCCUAGUAAUUUUUAUUUUUUUAAAGGAACCCUUCUCCCUGUCCCCACAACCCCAGCAACAAAAGAAGGAAGGAAGAAACAACAGCUUAAAAAAAAAAAGUAAUCUGUAAAAUAGUACAGUUGGAUUGCUGAGAAUCUAUGUAAAGAGUUAGGAAAUAUAGGUUAAUAAUUUUUGGAACAAAUUUUAAAUAUAGGCAUUACUAGAGGAAAAUUAUCUAUGGACUGUCCUAUUAAUGAAGAAUGUCUGUCUUACCUCCGUUUGUUUUGGGAGGAGGAGAAAAUAUAGAAGAAUCUAAUAAGGAACAAGUGAUUUUACUUUUUUAGCUCCCAGCUACCGUUGUGCUCGUUUUAAUUGCUGUUUUGAAGAUCUGCUGCUUAAUUAUCCCCAUCCCAUAGCCGGAGAUGUGGAGUGUUUCCUUUCAGUUUUUGGUGAUGUUGAAUUCUUUUGUAUUCCCUCCUGGGGCCAGGGGUCAGAAUUCCCAAGCAUGACCACAGCUUCUUUUAAACAUUAAGCUUCCCAGUGGGAAAGAAACUCCAGCUCGACAGGUAAAGGGAGUGGGUGGGGUUGCUGCCUGCAAUUUCUCUAAAACCGCUUUAGUGCCUUCGUACAUACACCCAGACAUCCUGAGCAAGGGGGACGCACAUGUGUGUGUGUGUGGUCCGGUCACUCCACAGAUGUAAGAUACUCACCCAUAAAGGAAAUUGGAGUGGUUCUGGACAGGCCCCAAAGGCAGUGGGCUGAAUUUAAAAUAAAUAAACAAAUGUCAAGCAAGUUAAUAUGCUUAUGUCUCAAUAAUGUAGAAUGCCAGGUUCCUUCCUGUGUCGUGUGCCCUCCAUUACUGUGCAUUGACUCCUCCAGGUGUGUAAUUGUGACAACUGCAGUGAUUUGGAAAGUCUCUUUGUGUUGGGCAAAUAGAAAGGGGUUCCUGUUGUUCUGCUCUUGUCCUUUGUCUCCUCCCCUUUUCCCCCAGACCUCCCCCUUCUUUUUGUCAACUUGCUGGGAGCUUUGCUUUAUUGGUUGGCAGCGACCUAAGAACAGGAUACGGUGAGGAUGUCAUGGAAGAGAAGAGCUCUUUCCGUGGUAUUCUUCGGCGAGAGCCAUGUCUACUAAGAGGUUAGGUGACUUCAGUAUACUUAUAAAAUUCAGUGAGAGUGCCUUCUUCUCUUCUACCACACUCUGGCAUAGAUACAGGCUUGCUGGUCACCUCUCAUUACAUAGAUUUAUUUUAAAAACAUUUUGAUUAUGUUAAUUUGAGCUUUCCCUUUUUUUUUUUUAACUACUUUUUAAAACACUUGAUUACUAGUGGCUUAGAGGUGUGUACAUCUCCUGAACAUCACAAACUUGGUUUCUGCCUACCAUACGAGUAGCCAAAAGAAAAGAAGCACUAAUAGAGAAAGGGGUGUCUCACACCAGACAGAGGACCUCUGCUGUCAAUUAGAUCCAGUAUCAUGACCUAACUUUAAGUGUUGAAAAGAGUUCAGAUCUCUGAGACACUGCGAAGAAAUGGAUGGCUCAUGUAACAUCUCUGAUCCCUCAGUCCCCAACCCUGGACGUGUUUCAUUUACAACAUUCAUAGGAGUUAACUUAGCAGUGUUGCAAGUUAAGGUUCCAAACCAAAUUAUUUAAUCAGUGUCCCCCCAAUAAAUCAUUUAUCCAUUUAUUGCUAGUUUUAUUUAUAGCAACUUGAUUUCCUAUGAGUAUGGCUCCUGUUCUAAGAAUUUUCCCACCUCUUCUGACAUGAAUGUAGCAUAAGUUAGCAAUCGGUUCUUCCAAACUCCUGUGGGUUGAAUAUGGUAUAGAAGGUAUGCAAGAGGAAAAAGAAAGGAAAAGAUAAAACUCCCGCCUGAGAAUUUGGAAGCACCUUUAUUAAUACAUAUAUCUCGCAGAAACUAGAAGCUCAUAGGCUGUUAACUUUUUGCAACUAUUCACUCAUUUUUACCACUUUUUUUUGAGGGGGGGGGGGGGGUGAUUUUUGUAAGGUUAACAGCCAGAUUCCAUUUUGACCUCAGAUGCUGUGUACUUUUUAAUUUCAUUUUUUAUAUUCUGCCAUCUUGACUCUUCUCUAAAACAGAAUGAAAAUGUCUGCAUGCUGAGCAAAAUGCUUACGCCAAGCCUGUUUUUCUCUGCAGAGUAAACAGGAUGUUUUCAGCAGACUUGGCUGUAAUAGCCAUCUCUAAGAUUAGGGAACAAUUGAGUCUUUAUGUAGAAAAGAUCCCUUUUUUCCCCAUCCUCAGAUUUAAAAUUCAACAUUUAAAGCUUUAUAGGUUAUUGUUUUAGAUUUGAGAUUUUUGUUUUUAAGUAUCUAUAAGAUCUUUAGGAGUGAGAUAAAUUUUUCGCUGGUUAAAAAAAAUCACUUUCCUCUGCAGUGUUUUUGCCAAGUUUUGUCACACUUCAUGUGUAUGCAUUAACUAUACUUCUUAGUGUUACUGCAAAAACAAAACAAAACAAAACAAAAAAAAGCCUUGUUCUUUAAUUGUGUUUUUCCUCCUGUGAGUGGACAACUAAAGCCACGUGAUGAUGCGGAUGAAAAUAUUCUGGUCUGUGUGUAUACAAUGAAUUGUCAUCAUGGUCAUUAAGAAAAUAGGGAACUCACAAACCCUGCUGCACACCACAUUUACUUCUUUAUCUGCAAGUACAGGGAGUCCAUACAGUCAAGAAACACACCGAUAUAGAUAAUGCUGUUGAGGACAUUGUCAUUCUGUAAGAAAACAGAUUAUUAUCUAGAUUUCCAGAGUUAGUGCAGACCCUGUGAUAACAGUCUGUGGGUUUGUGGCCAGCGCCAAAGGUGUGUGUAUUUUCAGAAAUGGUCACUAUUUGUCAGUGAUAGUGUUUUUUUUUUUUUCUUAAGUUUGACAAAGGGGGUGGUAAUAUCACAUUCUUUAGAUUUGAAAUAAUUAUCAGCUCCAAGAAUCUGUGAACGUAGUAAUAACAAUAAAAAUUCAACAUCGACCCUCCCUAACCUGCUCACUAUACCUCCCCACCCCGUGCCUCUGAAGAAAGAGGCCAUGAACAUCUACGAGGUGGUAAAGGGGGACACAGGUCAGGGAGUGGAGAGCUACUGCUCCAGCAGCUCAGCACCCACACUGCCCGCAUGCGUGUGGCCACCGGGACCAGAUCCCGAGUGAUUGUGGCAUACCCCUAAUAUUUGAGUAGUUUUUAAGCUGUCAGUCUCUUGUCAUAACCUCCUACCGCCACCCAAAAAAGUAACGAAAGUUGCAGUAACUGCCAGUGUUUGCCUCACCGAAUUUAAAUCGUUCCCUUUUCAGUUAGCUGUAUACCUGAAUUUGUUUUUAACAAGAAACUGUACAUGGCCAGGAAAAAUGGUACUACCUUGGCCAAAGGGUCUUUGCAAAAAGCUCAGUCUUCAGUUCUUCACUGUGACAAAUGCUUGUCUUGUUCAUGGGAGGGGAAAGAUCAGAUAAAUAGGCAAGAAGUACUCUGUUUUAAAUAAAGAAUAAAUAGUGUCCGUUUAAAGCACUUUGUGCCUCAACUUCAUUUUUAAACUGUAAAUCAUUGCUUUGGAAAUAAAUUCCCAAUUAUAAUUGACCCAUAUCUAGCCAAUAUCAACAAGUUGGGAUGGUUUUUGUUUUUUUCUUUUUUUUCAAAAAGGGAAAUUCCUCUUUACUGCUCACAGUAAGCUGCAAAAGAAAGUUGUCAAGGUGGCUUAUGAUGCUGUUGUAGCAGAGCUGUGAAAGGAAGUGCUUUGCUUUCUCUCCCGCCUUCCGGAAUCUGGCGUUCCUUCCCCUUCAGCUACUGAAAGGUGUGUACAACUCCCAGAGGGGUGGCUGUAAAAGUUGACCGGAGGCAAAGUGGAGUGGCCUUAUUGCCAGGACUAGCCCUACAGAAGAGCUUUACAGAGAGGAGGACAGUACAUCCUAUGUGUGUUCGCCAAAAAUGGGAAAGGUGGGUAUUUAGGCAAAACAAAAUAAAAACCUUUGGAACCCUUUAAGAAGUUACAUACCUUUUAAAGGUAGUAUAGUUUCUCACCAAGUGAUGCAUUUUAGCAUGACACUUCUUGCCAGAAAUUUUGGGAUAAGUUGGAAUAAAUGUGUUUAAAACAUCAUCCACCCCCCUUUUUAAAUUUUGUCUAAGGAAUUACUUAAGUAUAGUAUUUCUGAAUGUGCCUUUGUGAGUACAGAGACCGUCUGUUCUAGGAAGAGGCUAUCCGUUGGAUACAAACAAAAAGAUGGUCAGCUUAAGUCUUUAGGGAAGUCAAAAGUUCCUCCUGGAAGUCCCAGGAGCAGCUGUUGAGAUUUCAUUAGCAUCAAUAUUGCACAGUGUAGAGUUGAGUGGAAGAGAUUCUGGGACUUGGGAGAGGAGACAGGGGAAGGUACCCAGGCGACGCAGACCCACGUUAGUCCAAGAGCGCAGGUUUACACAUCUGCAUUCCCUAGUUUUCUCUGUCUGUAUGUUUGUGCUCAUGUGGCUGUGGCUGUUUUGUUUUUUGUUUUUCUGUAAGCACUGGAGAAUUGGAAUAUGGUGAUACUUGUGACACAUUCAUGCAUGUAAACAAGGCAUUUUCCAGCUUCUGCUGUGUGCAGAGCGGGCAGCACACUUUUACCCUUUGAGUCUGUGUCCUGAGGCGGCCAUUACAUUCCCACAUGGGCGUCACAUCACGUUGCUGUUGAUGCAAACAGGGUAUUACACACAAGGAAAAGGGGUUUUGAAGAGUUAAGAUUGAAGUGUUUGAGAAAGAAAAGAGAAAAAUCUGAAAUCAUAUUUUACUUCUUCAGAGCUAUUAUAGUUGAACACAGAAAUCUGCAGUGUCUUUAUUUGUUUUUAUGUUUUAAACAAUUUCACCUCUUCUCCCCACUCCUAUCUUCUAAAGAAAUAUCAAGCAAAUGCUAAGGGCCAUUUCCAUGAUUCCUCAGAGCUCCCCCAAAGAGGAGAACAGUCCCUCCCGCUCGAUUCCUUCAGCUUCAUUCAGGAAGACACAGGGAGGAGAGAUGCUGCUUCUGCGCUUUGCUCUCAUUCCUCUCUCAUGGCCUUGAAAUGUAUUAUUAUGCAAAUGUGAAUUUUGAUACUGAAUUUAAGAAGAGGUUGUUGGAUUUUUUUUUUUUUUUCAAGAAAAAAAAAAGUCCCACAUGUGGUCAUCGUCGCUUCUUUAUGUUGUAAGGUGAAUUGUAACUAUGCAUUCUGCAAAGCGGGUGGGGAGGAGAGGGCAGAAAGGGGAAGGGAGUAGCUUUGCAUCCUUGUUCUCCAGUUUCUGUGUCCAUGGUGUCCCCGUGUCCUGGAGGGGAAGGGGAGUGAGAGACGAAUGUGGUAAGGUCAGCACAGUGAGAUAGAGACCUCUGAGUCCUCUUGCCACUGUUGCUGGCAGGUCUGAUGGCCAGGUAAAUUCCAGGGGGCCUGCAGUUCCUGUCAACCAAUGUGGUUCAGGAUUCUUGAUCCUAGCCAUGCAGUGUUAAUCCAGUGCAGCAAUGGAACUCCACAGGCUCCAGUGUUCUCUGGAAAAAGUACUCAUCCUUUCCUGAAUUCAGAGCCCUUCAAGCUCAGGAAACCACGCUUCACUCGUGCUGACCUGAAAGUUAAUCUUUAGGUCAAUUUUGAAAAACUCCGCCUCCUCUCUCCUUUUUAAUAUUUCUUUCUUCCUUUUUAAUCAUGUUUAAGUGAACUUACUCUUAGUUAUAAGGAACUGUCCUGCUUUGUGGGGAAGAGGGCUGUUGCUUGUCAGGCAAAAAAGUUUUCUCUUCCCUACCCACCAUCCCUCUCUCUGCUUCCCUUGCAUUUGGCAGGCUGUAUGAAGCCAAUGAGCUGCGAGGUGUUUUGACAGGGGAGGUCUGCAUGCAGCCUCUUCUUUGUCCUAACAAUUCCUUUGUUGAUCUUGCCUGUGAUGAAUCAUAGCACCUGCAUUGCUCUGGUCUAGGCAUUAUUUGCAACACACAGUAUCGUAAGCGAGAGAUUGUUCUGCCUAUAUUCAGUGUUUUCCAUGCAGCAAUUCUUCUUGUUGACGUUCACAGUACUGUAACGAGUAACAGACUUGAUCACAGUCUCCUCGUGCCUGUGCAGGGCUGCACAGGCAUGAUCUUAUCAGGGUUCCAAUCUGUUAGAUUGCCUUUAAACAAAAAAAACAACAAAAAAAUAAAAUCCUGACGUUUCAACUGUCUCACACAAAAUAAUACCUCGAGGUACAUUUCCCCCUGCAAUGUAAACCCUUAACUCCUCUCUCCUUUCUGACAUCAGUGGAUUAUCCUUUUUAAAAUAUGAACAUGUAAAUAGCAGGAUAACUUUAAAAAACAUUUUCUUUGCUGUGAAAGUAACCCUAAAAUAUGUUUUCUUCUUUUGUAUUUUUUUGGUUUUUGUUUUUAAGCCAUCAGAAGUUUCAGAUCUUUACUCUUUCAUGUUUAAGAAGAAAGAGCAGAGGAGGUCGGGGGAGCCGGUUUGCAUUUGUGUUGGAGGGGUGUUAUCUCCAUUGCCUCCCACACAGUGACAGCAGACCAGUAUGUAAACCCUGUCUUGGCUGGGCGCGGUGGCUCACACCUGUAAUCCCAGCACUUUGGGAGGCUGAGGCGGGCAGAUCAUCUGAGGUCAGGAGUUUAAGACCAGCCUGCCCAACAUGGUGAAACCCCGUCUCUACUAAAAAAUUAGCCGGACGCAGUGGCGCGCGCCUGUGGUCCCAGCUGCUCGGGAGGCUAAGGCAGGAGAAUUGCUUGAACCCGGGAGACGGAGGUUGCGGUGAGCCGAGAUUGCACCACUGCACUCCAGUGUGGGCAACAGAGCAAGACUUCGACUCAAAAAAAUAAAAUAAACAAAAGACACACACACACAAAAACCCUGUCUUAAAUAGCUGCCAUCUCUUCCAGCAAUCUAGUGCCAGGGUAAGAGUGUCUGAAUUUCUCUCUUCCAGAAGAUCCAUCCCCUGCAGGGACUCCAGAAUGUUCUCCACACAGUACCUGGAGCUCUCAACCUUUCUUGGUUCAGACACACACAUACACACCCCUUGAGUAACUCAGUAUCAUUUUGUAGUUCACAGAAGGAUGUAGUCCCUGGCAUUUUGGUUUGCGCUGUAGAAUCCAUAGCCUUGUCACUUUGUUAUGCUCUAGAAAUGUACUGAUUUCUUACUUGGGAGGAAACUUGUGUAAGGAGAUGUGCAAACCACCCUGAAAGCCAUGUGCAUCCUCACCUCUUCCAUUACCCCCUCCAUGAGCUCGAAGCGACAUUAAGUAGAGGGAAAUGCUUUUAACAAAUGCUGCUCAUGUGGAUCUGUCAGCUAUUGCUUGCCUAGAUUUGGGCACCCAUGAAGCAGGGUUGGAAUGGAUCAUUUUGAAUUGCUUCUUUGCAGACACCCCCUUCGCCCCCAUCUUUAAGAUAAACCCUUUACUAGUCAAGAAGCCCUUUUCAGUUGGAUCUCACUGAUCUUGUAUAGUGACGACUUCCUUUAAAGGAAGAAGCUUGAUUAUAAGUGCAUGCAUAUUAUCCACCCACCUUCUGAUUUGGGCACUGUUGACCUUGGAAUUUUAUUUAUUUUGUUUAUCUGGAGGCCCUUUUUCUAUCAGUCUCUGAUCCCUCAUGGGUUCUGCCUGCCCUUAUAUCUCUUAUACAAUGCUCCCAAAGGGCUUUGCUGAUCUCUGCACUUCUUUCCUGGGACACUCCCCCCACCACCACCCUUUGCACACACCAGUGACCAAAGUGUAUGCAGUGAUCUCACAGAAGACAUCAAAAAUGGUGCAUGCACCGUGAAUGUGCUCACAGAGACACGUGCACAAGAUUCUGCACCCUUGGCCUUAAUCUCAGUAUGACUUAAGGUGCAGGAACAUUUUUAACACGUUUUAAAAAAACAAAAAACCCUUCUGGGAGGAAAAAAAUAAAAAGCAGAUACAACAGCUCAACUGUUCCCACUCCUAACUCUCCACUAUGUGCUUAUAACUUCACAUUCUAUGCCCUCCCCGCCACCCACCUCAUCCCUGUUUUGCGUAACCAAAAAACAGACAACAAAAGCAACCUGAGGAGAGGUUUCUGGACUAUUUUAUCUGUCUCCAUUUAGAUGGAGAUAUAAAUGCUGCUUUGGGUUCCAUAAUUCUAGGGGGCUAUGUUUACAUAGUAAAAUACAUCCUACCAAAUCAGGAAACAGUGAAUAAUGGGAGUCACUUCACAGAGACGCAGGAGGACCUGGGGGGCGUAGCAGAGGAGGAUAGGCAGAGAAGUACCAUUUUAAUUAUUUGUGACUUGUGGCUUCCUUCCUCCUCUCCUCCUCCCUCCACGUCUCUCUUUGCCCCCUUUAGACAAGGUGCAGAAAAGGGCAUCAAAAAGAGGCUGGAUUUUUUAAAAGGCAGCUUUCCAACUUUGCACACAAACAGGUAACAGGAAGGUACAGCAAAAAUCCUCUCAUCUGAAACACUGUCAGCAGAAACAAAACCUGUAAAAAUGACUAAUCAGCUGCACAUAUUGAUGCUCUCUGCAAGUUACCUUUAAGUGUUUUUUUUUUCUUAUACUUGAAGUUGCUUUUAUGAUAUUAUUUUGGUGGCUUUCUUUUCUCUCUUUGAUGGGCAAUAGAGGAAGUAGAUAAUGGGAUUUAAGGACACCUGGGGGAGAAAAGGGAGGAUGUGGCAUUGUCUUUUUUUUUUUUUUUUUUAGCAUAGAGGUUUAAUCAAACUCCCAUAUGUUGAAAUUGCUCCUCAUAUUACUGGUUUCACAUGGACACAGAAACUAGGCACUUUAGAGGUGCACUUGCAUGGCAGGCUGGGCCCCCUUUUCUAUAUUUUAUUUUCCUUUUUAGUAUAGUGGUACUUAAAAUCACUGGUUCACUUAAAAAAACAAACAAUAAAAUGUUAAACUCUACUAAUGUACAAAUAAGCUGAAAAGUUGCAUUUUAUGUGUAUUUUUUGCCAUAGCAGGUACUGUAUUUCUCAUGCUGGAUUUCAAAAAAAAAAAAAGUAUCAAAAACAAAAAAAACUAAAGGGUGGUGUUUUAUUGGAUUGUGACAGGUUGAGUAAUAAGGAAUUAAGUCGUCGUCAUUUCAUUAAAACUGAGAGAUGAUGUAAUGCAUAUAUAAGAGUUUUCUGAAGGGUUUUUUUUGGGCUUUUAAACAGCUUAUUUUUGUUUUUGUUUAGUUUUUUUAUUUUAUUUUAUUUUGGAAAGAUAUGAUUGUAUUAUGUGCAACUCAGUUGCUUACAUUAUAACUACAAAAUAUUUUUGGGUUCCUGGAAAAAAAAAAAAGAAAAAAGACUAAUAAAUGUGUUUGGCUGCUAAGCA